AUGAGAGGACCGCGUUCGCAGGUCGGUUCCGCAUCAUGGGUCGCCGAGGAGCGAGCCUUUGCGCUCCAGGUGGCCCAAGCGGAGGUGGAGGAGUUUUCCUAUUCUGCGCGGAACGAGCUGGAUUGGCUCAACGAGCACAUGGCCAGCAUCUUCGACGAGAAUGAAAUGAACCUCGCCGAGACCUUCAAGACUCCCGGAAAGCUUCGUGGCAAAACCCCACACACAACACGCAAACAGAACGCGUUGCAAUCACGAGUUCCUCUCUCUGACGUGUUCGGCGCAAAGCCAAAGGGAAUUUCGAAUCUUUCUAGCCAAACCCCUCGACCACAAUCUCCUCAAGCACACGUCAAUGCGGCAAGAAACUCGCCGAGCCCGGUGAAGCAUUCCUCCUCUCGAAAGGCUGCAUCGCCGCCAAUGCAGACAGCUCCUGCGCCAACGGUCCAAGACUCGGGAUACUUUGGCAGUCAAGACGCCGCACCUCUGGAAAUUCACGAGGACCCGGUGCUGGACGACGCUAAGCAAGCGCAAUCCGACCAGGCCUCCUGCCAAGCGAUUGUGACGAUGUCAAAGAGCAAUAGCCCGUCUCAAGCUGUCUCCGUUGAGCCAGCUGUGGAAACACUUCAAGCGAAUCAGGACGAAGAGAUGGGGUGUGCUCAAGAAGCGGCCAUGAAGGCCGUGGGAGAUUCUGGCCCAGAGACUUCACCAAGAGAGCGACACGGUGGCGAUGAAGAUCUCGAUGCGCCACCGUUUUCGCCGUCUGCUACGGUGCACCCUGAUGCGAACUUGGCGGAGACAGAACAAGAUGUUGAAACUCCUCACGCAGAGCAAGCCUCGGACGACGCACCAUCUGAUGGCUCCAGCCCAAUAAGGCCAAUGGUUCGAAAGAGUAGCUUGAACUUCGCGUCUCUGCCAGCCAGGGAACCGCUCACAGCCGGCAAGAGUAUUGGGGCUCGGAUUUCGAGAACAAGCCAGCUGGAUCAUGUCCGAACGAGCUACUACAACAGACCUACUGGAGGCAAGAGCCUAGGCAAUCCUGGCAAGAUGGAUUGCGACGAAGAUGGAAAGUCUGAUGAGAUGGAUGUUGAUGAGGACGUUGAAGCUCGAAACGCUGGCGAACAGAACAGCGUCACACUCAACCACACCAAGACAUACACGCAGAGGCUGCAGGACCAGAUCAAUAUGCUCGGGAAGUCGCAGUCGAACGGCAUAGGACAGCCAAAGCUGGUUUCCGGUGCGCAGCCGUCGCAGCUACCAAAGGCCAUCGCGGCAGUGUCCCCAUCAUCACUGCGGAAGCCAACGGCCCAGAGCACUCCAGGAGCAUUUCCAAAUGACGACGACGACGAUGACGACGAUGACGACGACUGGAUUGAGCCGCCCGCAACUUUAUCCGUCACGUCCGAAGCCAGACCAGCCUUGCCGAAAAGUCACUCUAGAGAUGUGAUGGAAGGAAUUCAAGGCAAAGACACCAUCGGGCACAAAGAAUUCGAAGUCUCCGGCCACGGACAAAGCGAAAGCAGCCGAAGCGAGCAGCUCUCGAGUGCCCAAGAGCACACGGACUAUGUGUCUGAUUUGCCUAUUCUAACGGCGCAUUCGACUAUGGACCCGGAGCUACAGUCCCUCAGACAUGUCGUUUCCGGCUCUCAACCCAGCUUGCGAACCGUAUCCGGCAUGUCGACUGACACACCGUCCAAAUCACCGUCUCGAAGCUUUCGCGAUAGCCCCCUGAAGCAAGUCAAGAAUAAGCUGUCAUCUAUUCUGAAGAGUUCCAAGGGUCUUCUCGCGAGCAGCGCCGCCGUCAGUGCCGAAGGGAAGUCAUCCAUGAUGUCACCAGCCACCACUCGUCCAGGCUUCCACACGACUGCCUCAUCAGAGUCGGUUGUCUCCAAGCCAAGGAUUGGGUCCCAUGGCAUGCAAGAGCAAGCGGAACGCGCUGAUGGCAGUCCUGUGCGACCCCCUGCUCGACGUAACAGAGCCUCCGCAGAGCGGGAGAAGGAAGAAAAGCGCCGCGAUAAAGAAGCGAAGCGAAUGGAGGCGCAGAACGAGAAGCUGGAGAAGGCCCGCGAGAAGGAAAGGGAGAAGGCCAUCGUCUUCAGCCGAGAACAGGAGCGAAUCGCGGCUAUGGAGAAGCAAAUUUCCUCUAAAAAGGCGGAGGAGAAAGCCCUGCCCAAAGAGACACCGAAACCGACCAGGAGCAGCCCUCGCAAGUUCAAGGCGGCCGAGAGCGAGCACCAGGCGAUGGCGGAAGACGCCGAGAUGGAGGACGCCCUGGCCAGUGCUCCGCCACCAUCCGCUGCUCGCUCCACCCGGCCGGGCCAGUCCAUCCGAAGUAAGGAGACCAAACGACCUGUGAAGCCUGCAAAGGAAAUCCAAGCCAAGGCGAAGCAAGUCCCAACAGUCAUCAGAGUCAACACUGGAUCGCAGUCCCAGUACCAUACCUCCAGCAGGCUUUCCACAGCUUCACACGACACAGCCGGCCCUUCUGGUCUGCAGUCGCAGAACCGACUCGUGAGCAAGUCGAGCAAGGCAUCGUUGCACGCAAAGUCAUCGGCACCUGGCUUGAGGGCUCCAUCUUCUGUUAGCCGACCCAAGACACUGGACCUGAUGGCGAAGAAGAAGGAGUUAGACGAGCGCGAAGCCCAGCGGCGACGCGACUUGAAGACUGAUGUGGAGCGCAAACGAACAGCGGCGCAAGAGGAUCAGCGUAAGCAAGAGCAAUGGCGUCGCCAAGAGGCCGAGCGGCAAAGACAGCAAGACUAUCAGCACGCUGCAUCUCAGAACGAGGGAAAGACUCCCGCCCAGAGGAGAGCGGCGCUGGAAAAGGCCAAGCAGACAAAAGCCCCGCCUCCCGCUGCUCGUUCUCACGCAAACGGACCUCCGGCAUCGGCUGGUGCACAGGAAAAGAUUGCGUCGACCGCGUCCAGUGCGAGGGGGGACGCGCAGACAACCCGGCCACAGUCUCGGAUGACGUCCAAUCUGCAUCGCUCGCAGGACGAAACAAGUCGGCCAGUCAACGCUCUCUUGUCAAACACGUCCAAGGCAGGCACGAAGCGGACUCUGGGCCCGGAGCGAAGUGAUGACCAGCAAGCCAAGCGAGGUCUCUCGCGAGGUGGACCGGCAUAUCAAGCCAACGAGGCGAAACGACGACGAACUAGCGACGCGUUUGAGGACGACGCUGAGUUGGACCAUUCGCGAAACAUCAAGGGGCCCCCAGUUCGACCAUCUGGCGGCUAUAAGAAGGACCUGCCACCCAAGCCCAUGUACGGAUACGCGAAUGCUCCUCAGAGCGCAACCCGGGACUUGUUCAAGGCAACCGUUACUGCUCAGCACAACAACCAAGCCAAGGCGACGCAUCCGUUGGACAUGGCACAAAUAUCCAAGGGGGCUAUUCCGUUUGCACCCAACGCAAACGCGACCGGCCCUGCGUACAAGACGCCUGCCCGUCCUGGAGCUUACAAUGGUAGCAAGUCGACGGCCAAGUCAGCGCCGCGAUCGUCGCCGCGCUUCCAGAACGGCGAGUCGAUUGAACUGCCGGAAAUCCAAACAGACGACGAAGAUGAGGACGAGGACGACGAGGCCAACGGGAUGAGCGUUGCGGCCUGGGCCGACUCGCCUGAUCUUCGCCGCGCGCUGAUGCUCCAGGAGACGAUGGAUCCGUCGCAAAUCUUUGGCCCGCCGGCAGCGCUGAACAUGGAGGAGGUUUUCCACAAGAGCAAGGACAGAUGGCACAAGUUUCGGGCGAGGACGUCGAGCGCCAACUGGAGUGGAGCGGAUCGCUUGACCGAGGAGGACGUCAGAAAGGACCUUGCCGCGCGUGACAAGCUCAGGCGAGAGGGUGGGUGGUCUUACGAGAUGAGCAAGGAGAUGCUAUGA